GCUGACGGCAAAAUUGUUUUUUUUUAAAUUUAUUCCUAAAAUAAUUAAAAGAUCAUUGCCAAAAAUUUAAAAUGUUUACAAAAAUAUUAAAAUUUCGAACAUUUAGCACUAUAAAUAUCUUACCAAAACCAUUUGCGACAAAACCAAUUGAAUAUUCUGCCGAUACUUCUUUAGAACAAGUCCAUAUCGAUGAAGCUGUAAAAUUAGCACCAAUUCUUCAAGCGGCUUCAUUUGAUUUAUGGAAACAAUCACAUGAAAUUUUUAUUAAUCAUGGUUUAAAGACAACAAAUUUCCUUCGAAUUGUCACCGGCAAUCCAUCAAUUCUCUCAAGACAACCAAAAAAAGUUAUCGAUAGUUUAGAAAAUUGGCGCAGUUGUCAAUUUGGAGAAACACUUUCUUAUUUACUUUUAACAAAAUAUCCAGAACUUUUAGAUAUUACCGAUGGAAGGAAAUUAGUCAAACAUGUAACAUAUUUAAAAGGUUAUCUGGGAACCAAUAAAAACGUAUGGAAACUUUUAAUGAAUUCUCCAGAUUUAAUUAAACAAUCUGAAGGAAACAUUAAAAAGAAAAUUGAUUACAUAAAUCAAACAAUGAGAAUUGAAAUCCCAGAAAUUGUAAAAUCUGAAGCUUUAUCUAGAUCGCUCUUUGAUAUUCAAUGUAGACAUGUAUUCCUUGAUAGAUUGGGUUUAUUUAAGCCACGAAAUCCUAAAGCAGAUCCAGAUGAGCCAACAAAGAAUCCGCGAUUGUAUAAAAUCACUGACACAUCGGAUAAAACAUUUGCUACGAAAAUUGCUCAUGUAACAUUGGCAGAGUUUGAGGCAUUUGAAGAUUUGUAUAAAAGAGAAUUGAGGAGAAAGGAUCGGGAGCAGGAUGAAGAUGAUCUUGAAGAAGAUGAUGAUGAUGAGGAUGACUAUGAUGAUGAUCAUAAAAUUUAAAUAAAUUAUAAUUAGAAUAAGAAUUUGUUAAAAAAAAAUGCAAUUAUUUUCCAACUGUU